GUGUUAUUCGUAAGUGAACACCACUUCCGUUUCCUUGGGCCACGGAGCCGCAAUAUCAACAACCUCAGACGGGCGGGUUCUGUUUUUUUACACAUAACGGUUGAAAUUGAAUCCGAGGAUGUCGGGACAGAAGCGUCCUGCAGACUCCGGUGGGCCAUCGUCCUCCGGUGGCCCACCGGAGAAGCGUCGGGAGAAGGAAGGAGAGGAGGGAGGUGCCGGCGUCAGUAGCGCUGCUGGGGGGAGCACCGCUGUGGAAACGGUCAUCAAACUGGGAGGAGUGUCAAACUCUGAGGAACAGGACAUCAAAGCUCUUCAAGCCAAAAACCGAAAGCUGGGAGAAGCUCUCGAUCAAAGACAGGUGAUUGAAGAUGAGCUGCGGGAGCGGAUUGAAAGACUGGAGACCCGUCAGGCUACCGAUGAUGCUAGUCUGUUGAUCCUUAACAGAUACUGGAACCAGUUUGACGAAAACGUUCGACUGAUCAUCAGGCGAUAUGAUCAAGGAAGCAGUGAGCCUGAGAAAUCUCCAACAGGCGAGGGAAGAAGCUUGAAGCCUGAAACUCCUGAACCCGAUGGUGACUCGAACCAGGAAAGAGCUAAAGACAGAACCCAUCAGGGAGAGACCUCCAAUUCCUUCUUGGCCACACUGGCCAGCAGCACCAGUGAGGAGAUGGAGGCGGAGCUCCAGGAGAGGGUGGAGUCAAGCCAGAAGCAGGCCCAACGCGUGGUGGACGUUUAUGAGAAUCUGAAGAGCACUGUGGACCAGCUUCAGACAGAGUUGGAUUCAGGCACUGAGGGUAGUUUUUGGCAGGUGGUCUCCAAGCUGAACGUCCUGCUGACGAGUGAAAACGAACGGCUUCAGCAGCUGACAGAGGAUCUGAAGCAGAGACACAGUCACAUGACGAGCGAGUCUCGGGCUUUGGGUCGUGCUACGAACAAGGCAGACCAGCGAGUCACAGAACUUCAAGCCCGGAUCGAGGAGCUGCAGUGGGACAUGGAGAAGAUCCGCCGCAGAGAGAAUAGACUAAACGCUCACCUGAGUGAAAUCCUGGAGAGGGUAAACAGCAAAGGCUACAAAGUGUGUGGAGAGGCCAGCAGUGUAUGUGGAACCAUAACUAUUAACAAGAGAAAGUUUGAGGAAAUGAACAGCGAAUUGGAGGAGAACAGAGAACUGGCAGAGAAUCGCCUCAUAGAGCUGCAGAAGCUCCAGCAGGACCUGCAAAAUGUUCAACAAGAAAACAACAAUGUGACGGCUGAGAUUCUAAGUCGAGCUGAGGGUUUAGUUAAAGACACAUCAGAGUAUCGCUGUCUGCAGUCGCAGUUUUCUGUUCUCUACAACGAGUCGCUGACUCUAAAGUCUCAGUUAGAUGAGACACGGGCUCGCCUCAACACCACCCGGACCGCACGGCUUCGACAGCUGGAGCACAUGGAGAACGAUGAGGUGGCUCUGCAGAGGAAGGUUCGGACAGAAGUGUUCCAGCUGGAGGACACGCUGGCUCAGGUGAAGAAGGAGUAUGAGAUGUUACGGAUCGAGUUUGAGCAGACUCUUGCUGCCAACGAGCAAGCAGGUCCAAUCAACAGAGAGAUGCGACAUCUUAUUAGCACACUGCAAACCCACAACCAGCAGCUGAAGGGGGAAGUUGUGAAAUACAAGUUGAGACUGAGGGAGACACAAGCUGAGCUCAACAAGGUCUGUGCCUCAAAGGGAAGCAGCAUCCUUCAGUCGCAGUCGAGCACAGAGAUGGACGUGAAAGACGAGACCACCUCUCCAUCAAUCACCACAGUUUCUGGGGAACCUGCGGUCAAGACGGAGCCAGAUAAUGGUUCCUCCACACCCAGCAGCACUGGUGCCUCAGUGAAAACAGAGUCUGGUGUUGAGGCAGAUGCCAACGUAAAGGAAGAAGAAAAGGAUGAGAAGAGAGAGAAAGACGAAAAGAGAGAGAAGGACUUUAUCAAGAAAGAGGAGAAAGAGAGGGAGCGGGAGAAGGAGAAGGAAAAAGAGAGAGAGAGACCCACCCGCAGCAGCGGGAGCAGUAAUGUGAUCAAAGAGGAGAAGCCAGGAGGCAGCAGCCAGCCGGAGGAGUCUGCGGCGGAGCGGAUUUCUAUGACUGGGGGCUCCAAGAGGAAGGAAAUGGAGCAGCUGAAGAUUAUCCGAGCAGAGCUGAAGAAGGCUCAGGAGUCCCAGAGGGAGAUGAAGCUGCUGCUGGACAUGUAUCGCUCAGCCCCCAAGGAGCAGAGGGAUAAAGUUCAGCUCAUGGCUGCAGAGAAGAAAACUAAGUCAGAGGCAGAGGAGCUGCGACAGAGGCUGAGGGAACUGGAGGAGAGGGAGAGGAGGGAGGGCAAGAAAAUGGCUGAUGAAGAGGCUCUGAGAAAGAUCCGUUCCGUGGAGGAGCAGAUCGACAUUCUCAACAAGAAGUUGUCCAUAGCCAAGCAGGAGGAAGACGCCCUGCUGAGCGAGAUGGACGUGACGGGUCAGGCGUUCGAGGACAUGCAGGAGCAGAACAUUCGCCUCAUGCAGCAGCUCCGGGAAAAGGACGACGCCAACUUCAAGCUGAUGAGUGAGCGGAUCAAAUCCAACCAGAUCCAUAAACUUCUCAAGGAGGAGAAGGAGGAGCUGGCCGAUCAGCUUCUCACUUUGAAGACUCAGGUGGAUGCACAGCUGCAGGUGGUGAGGAAGCUUGAGGAGAAGGAGCGCCUCCUACAGGGCACUAUCAGCGCUGCAGAGAGAGAGCUGAACCUCAGGACACAGGCAUUAGACAUGAACAAGCGCAAGGCUCAGGAUUCGGCAUUGCUGUCGGAUGAGCUCCGAGCACAGCUGGAGCAGGUUCAGCAGAAGCUGAAACUGGUCAGAGAGGAGGUGGUAGAGAACAGCAUCUCCAGGGAGAAGGAGUCGUUCAACGCCCGUCGAGCUCAGGAGGACAUCUCUAAAAUGAGGAGAAAGAUUGAGAAAGCCAAGAAACCAGCUGAGAAAAUCAGCAAUGGAGACGACAUCCUGAAUGAAGAGAUUAAUGAGUACAAGGCUCGCCUGACCUGUCCGUGCUGCAACUCUCGGGUGAAGGACGCCGUGCUGACAAAGUGCUUCCACGUCUUCUGCUUCGAGUGCGUCAAGACUCGCUACGACACCCGUCAGAGAAAGUGUCCCAAGUGCAACGCAGCCUUCGGCGCAAACGACUUCCAUCGCAUUUACAUUGGCUAAACACACUCCCCCCUCUUCCUCACUCCAGAAGCAGAGGAAGGAGGGUGGGCAGGAUGUGGUACAAAGAUUGCCUGAAGCCAGAAUGAGCUCAGCACUCGUGUGCUUCACUCCUCCUGCAGGAUUAGUGUGAAGUGACAUGAAGGCUUGUUGACUUUUUAUUUUUAAACGAUGACCAAAGCUUCUUCCUCCCAAGUCUCCACUACUGUAUUUGUACUUUUUCAAUGCAGAAAAAAAAUGUUGGGAUCACCUAUUAAAACUGUUGUGUCUGAGUGUGCUGUAAAAGGCUUAAAACAACGUUUAAAAAAAAAACAAAAAGACAUUCAUUCGUUUUACUGGUAGUUGUUCAACUGGAAAUGAAAUAUAUUAAUGUCUCUUCACAA